UCCGCUGGGGAGCAGCUGCAGCAGCAGGAGCAGAGCAGGAGCCGCGCAGCCGCCGCCGCCGCCGCCGCCGCCGCCGCCGCCGCCACCGGGGGAUGUGGCCGGCGCCUGCCCCGAGCCGCGCCGUCCCUUGAGUACCAGCCGCUGCCACCGCCGCCGCCGCUGCCGCCGAACCGUGCAGGGCCAGGCCGCGCCCUCCCCGGGCGCCCGCCGGCUCGCAUGCCGAGGGGCUCCGGGGCGUAGCUGCGCGCCCGGCGCCGCCUCCGGGCUCCUUCGGCCCCGCCAUGGGCUGCUGCAGCUCCGCCUCCUCCGCCGCGCAGAGCUCCAAAAGAGAAUGGAAGCCACUGGAGGACCGUAGCUGCACAGACAUACCAUGGCUGCUGCUCUUCAUCCUCUUCUGCAUUGGGAUGGGAUUUAUUUGUGGCUUUUCAAUAGCAACAGGUGCAGCAGCAAGACUAGUGUCAGGAUACGACAGCUAUGGAAAUAUCUGUGGGCAGAAAAAUACAAAGUUGGAAGGAAUACCAAACAGUGGCAUGGACCACACCCAGCGGAAGUAUGUAUUCUUUUUGGAUCCUUGCAACCUGGACUUGAUAAACCGGAAGAUUAAGUCUGUUGCACUGUGUGUAGCAGCAUGUCCCAGGCAAGAACUGAAAACUCUGAGUGAUGUUCAGAAGUUUGCAGAGAUGAAUGGUUCAGCACUAUGUAGCUACAACCUAAAGCCUUCUGAAUACACUACAUCUUCAAAAUCUUCUGUUCUCUGCCCAAAACUACCAGUUCCAGCGAGUGCACCUAUUCCAUUCUUCCAUCGCUGUGCUCCUGUGAACAUUUCCUGCUAUGCCAAGUUUGCAGAGGCCCUGAUCACCUUUGUCAGUGACAAUAGUGUCUUACACAGGCUGAUUAGUGGAGUAAUGACCAACAAAGAAAUUAUAUUGGGACUUUGCUUGUUAUCACUAGUUCUAUCCAUGAUUUUGAUGGUGAUAAUCAGGUAUAUAUCAAGAGUACUUGUGUGGAUCUUAACGAUUCUGGUCAUACUUGGUGCACUUGGAGGCACAGGUGUACUGUGGUGGCUGUAUGCAAAGCAAAGAAGGUCUCCCAAAGAAACUGUUAUUCCUGAGCAGCUUCAGAUAGCUGAAGACAACCUUCGGGCCCUCCUCAUUUAUGCCAUUUCAGCCACAGUGUUCACAGUGAUCUUAUUCCUGAUAAUGUUGGUUAUGCGCAAACGUGUUGCUCUUACCAUCGCCUUGUUCCAUGUAGCUGGCAAGGUCUUCAUUCACUUGCCACUGCUAGUCUUCCAACCCUUUUGGACUUUCUUUGCUCUUGUCUUGUUUUGGGUGUACUGGAUCAUGACACUUCUUUUUCUUGGCACCACCGGCAGUGCUGUUCAGAAUGACCAAGGCUUUGUGGAGUUCAAAAUUACUGGGCCUCUGCAGUACAUGUGGUGGUACCAUGUGGUGGGCCUGAUUUGGAUCAGUGAAUUUAUUCUAGCGUGUCAGCAGAUGACAGUGGCAGGAGCUGUGGUAACAUACUAUUUUACUAGGGAUAAAAGGAAUUUGCCAUUUACACCUAUUUUGGCAUCAGUGAAUCGCCUUAUUCGUUACCACCUUGGUACAGUGGCAAAAGGAUCUUUCAUUAUCACAUUAGUCAAAAUUCCGCGAAUGAUCCUUAUGUAUAUUCACAGUCAGCUCAAAGGAAAGGAAAAUGCUUGUGCCCGAUGUGUGCUGAAAUCUUGCAUUUGUUGCCUUUGGUGUCUUGAAAAGUGCCUAAAUUAUUUAAAUCAGAAUGCAUACACAGCCACAGCUAUCAACAGCACCAACUUCUGCACCUCAGCAAAGGAUGCCUUUGUCAUUCUGGUGGAGAAUGCUUUGCGAGUGGCUACCAUCAACACAGUGGGAGAUUUUAUGUUGUUCCUAGGCAAGGUGCUGAUAGUCUGCAGCACAGGCUUAGCUGGGAUUAUGCUGCUCAACUACCAGCAGGACUACACAGUAUGGGUGCUGCCUCUGAUCAUCGUCUGCCUCUUCGCCUUCCUAGUCGCUCAUUGCUUCCUGUCUAUUUACGAAAUGGUAGUGGAUGUAUUAUUCUUGUGUUUUGCCAUUGAUACAAAAUACAAUGAUGGAAGCCCUGGUAGGGAAUUCUAUAUGGAUAAAGUGCUGAUGGAGUUUGUGGAAAACAGUAGGAAAGCAAUGAAAGAAGCUGGUAAGGGAGGCGUCGCUGAUGCCAGAGAGCUAAAGCCGAUGGCUUCGGGAGCAAGUUCUGCUUGAACGUAGCCGACGGUUAUGGAAAUCCAUUGACAUUCCAAAACAAUAUAUACACAUAACUAUGUAUUUGUGUGUGUGGGUGUGUGUAUAUAUGUAUAUGUAUGUGUGUAUAUAUAUAUGUAUAUGUAUAUACACACACACACAUAAAUCAGCCAAAAUCAGAGAAAAGGAACAGGGAUUUAAUACCUUUUUUAUGCUUAUUUUUGUCAAACAUGUACUCCUUUCAUACGGGUGGCUUUUACAAGGCAACUUCCGUCAUUUAAUGUUUUCAACUGUAAUUGUCUUAAUGGAAAUGUUAAAAUUCAUAUCUGAUUAACAUUUUUAAUAACUUAGAGGAGAUUUUAACUAUAGUUAUUUAAAAUUAGGUAAAAUUAUUGUACCAAAUUAUGUCUAAAGUCUAUUCAGGGGUGAUUUCCCUGAUGUAUGUAUAAAAUCAAGAUCUUAUUUUACUGAUGCAUAAGUCCUAGUGGGUCAAGACUAGGCAUAUGCUUUCAGAUAAAUAAGGAAUUACUCCAAUCAGUUUUCCCCAAUCAAAGAAGCCAUGUCAUUUUACUUUUAGAAACAUACAAGUGGGCCCAAUAUGGGAAUUUUCAUAAUAGUUCAUACAUUUGUCAGCCAACAUUAAAAGGUAACCAACUCCUCAGGUAUUUGUAGUUUACCCUAACGCUUCUAUAAAAGAAAGUAGGUAAAAAAAGAAAAGGGUAGAUAAUCUUUCGUAUGCAAACUUUUUCCUUAUAUUUUGUCUUUCUUUCCUUUUUGACUUUGGUAGCAUCCUCCACACAUUUGUGUGCCUGAUUUGGAAGAAAGCUGGGGCACCCAGCGAGUUUAGCCUUUACGUUUCCGUGUAUUGAUUUGCAGAUUAAGUAAUGCUGGGAGGAAUAAAGAAGGGACAGAAACAUGGAACAUAAAGCAUUGAAAAUUCCAGUGCUUGGGCUUCUGCUUCAGAGGAACGUCAGUGGCUUAGGGUUAAACAGCCAUUUUAUUUAAAUGCUUACUAUAAAAUCUGAAAACAUACUGGCAGGUGCUCCUCUCCUUGGCAAUUCAUUGAGUAUCCAGAGUUCUACGAUGUUUAACUGAAGAAUUGGCUAAUGUUUUGAUCCUCCAGUAUGACUGGUUUUUCUUUUUUGUUUGGGGGUAGGUUUGGGGUUUUUUGCUUUUUUAUUCCUGAAGCUUACCAGAUAUGAAUGGCUAAUAUUCCAUUGUUCUGCUUAUUGUAAUGGUGAAUGCUUUAAGAAAAAAAGUGUAAUUUGCUAAUAAUAAUUCAUGAUCUGUUUAUGCGAUAACUCCUUUUUGUUACAAUUUUUUUAAAAAAAACUAUUUUUGUUAAUGUAAAGUAAAUAUUUCAGAGCAAAUUUUUUAAACUUAUUGCACUAAAUACAGGCUCUGUACAAAAAAAAAAAAAGUCUCAGCAUUUUUUCAUUCCAUGGAAGGAGAAUCUUUUGAAAGAAAGCAUUGCCUCCUACCAGAACUAGACAGUGAAUUAGACCGGUGUUAUGGAAAUGCAUAUAAGUAAUGUCACUAGGGCUUAAUAAGCAGCUGUUUGCUAAUGUGCUUCCUUUCAAAGGGUUGGACCUUUAAAUUGCUGCAAAAGGUAAAUUGUAUUUUUUUUUUUUUAAGUAUUGGUGUUCUUUACUAUAGCUAGGCUAAAAUUUGCUAAAUGCCUUGGUUUCUUUUCAAAGUUCAUGUAAUGUUUCUGAUUUUUCAGAAUAUUUGCGAUGAGUCUGGAUUUAAAAACACACACACAUACACAUACACACAAUUAAGAGCUCAUGUAUUAGCAAGAUCUGAGAAACCAACACUGCGAGAGUAGCUAUUUUGAAAGAAUAAUUCUCCUGAAGUUAACAUCUAACAUCUAGUAUCACCAGACAGUAUCACUGUUCUCUUUUAUUCAUUUGAAAUGGAACAAAUAUAAUUCUGUAACUAACAAUUGUCCAAAUAGAUGAGAGAGCAAAUCAUGUGAGAAAAUUCAGAAUACCAUCUGUUUCAUAGCCACACAGAUUUUGGACUUUCACAAACGUUGGGAACUAAAUUUAGAAUUGGCAAAAGUCUAGAAGAUGGGUAUCAAAGCAGAAGAUAUUCCAGGAGCUAGCAAUUUUAAGAGGUGUCCCUCCAAAGUGACCUGAUGGAAGUCCUGAACUUGGAAAUUAGGUUCUACUCACUUGGACAUCCCUGCAUCAUGGACUGUUGCUGCUCCCUGUUCCAUAUGCUCGCAAUCUCAGCUAUUUGGAAGCCACCAGGAAUGCUUUCUAAUUAUCAUUUGCAACUAGAACUGUAAUCAGAAAGAAAUUUUGUAUUUUUGUAUAACUUGAUUGUGUGCCAUUUUAUAUAACAGGUCCUGUUUUACAAAUAAAUUUUGUUUUACUAACAUUGUGUUUAGAAAUUAUGAUCUAUGUGUAACCAUGUCAUUUGAGUUGCAAAUUAAUUGCCAGGCUGUUUUCCUUAAGUAAAUUCAUGUGCCAUAUAGAUAUAUGCAGAUAUGCAUAUAUAUCACACAGGCACACACAGAGAGAUAUUCGAUAUGUGGAAUAUCACUCUCUCUUGAGCUUUAUUCCUUGAUUAAUUUGAUAAGCCUCACAGAGGAUUUUAAGCAAUAUUUAAAUGUGUUGAGGUUAUGUUUGGAUAUUCCUCCUGCCUCUGUUCAUUCAUUUCAAGUCAUUCUUCAGCUAGCUACGGGCUGCCUUAUUGCUAUUCACUCACUGCUUCCAUCUUCUGCCCAAGUGAGAAAAAUAGAUGAAGAACAAAAAUUUAUCUGUGAAAUGUGGAUUCCCAAAUAAUUUUAUAAAUCAUUGA